UUUGAUUGUUUUGUUUUGGCGUGGCGCAUUUUGAUCGGGAUCAAAAUUCUUUUUUUGAAGACAAAGUGCGCGUUGUAUUGUGUCCAAUCAGAUUGCGUCUUUUCGAUAGCAACAACGACAACAGUUAUGGCCGAAAGAAAAUAGCUUUCAAUAUCUAUCUAUGAAAUAUGGAUUCAAUAUUUGGUCGUGGAAGUCAAAGGAAGACAAGUCUUCUUGAGGAGUCAGAGUCAGAAAAUGAAAUCAAAGAAGAAACUGGAAAUUUUGUGAAGGAUGAAACAGAGGGAGAAGAGGAAGAACAAGGAGUUGCACAUGAUGAUGAUGAUGAUGAUGAUGACGAUGAUGAUGAUGAAGAUGGCAGUGAUUCAGAUAGUUCUUUUGAUGAUCAUCCCAGGACAUGGGAAAACCCAAUUCCAUGGGUACAACCAGUUGUUAAGAAUGCCAAGCCUCCCCAUCCUCUGACCGUCACCCAUGUCAACCAGACUCUGGACUUAAAGAAACUACAAAGUUCUGAGGCCAUGAUGAAUGCUGAACUUCAAAAUUCUGAGGAAUGGUUGAAACUUCACAGCGUAGAAUAUAUGAAAUUGACACUUAAAGACCUGGUUGACAAAGGCAAAAUUGGAAACAUGAAACCAGAUCACAGAACUGGAAAAGCCUUGCAGCAUAUACAGUUUGAAGCUUAUGAUGUUAAUGAAUUUGAAUACAAACUAAACAUGGCCAUUGAGAUGUACACCAAGAGAAUAAAAUGGUUACUACAGGGGAGUAAAAGGAUAUUUGGUAACAUUCGUGGCAAGAGGAUAGCAGUGGUGAUCGACAUAUCAGAUGCAAAUGCAGGUUUUGGAAGAUUGACUGCAUUUCAAGAGUCACUCGUGCACUUGAUUGACGAGCAGCUCUCACAACGUCAAUCUGUCUACCUCAUGUCCUUUGGGACAGACACAGACCCCUUGUGGCCAGUAGCCAGGGAUGUCAAUUGCAGAAUAGUGGAGGAAGCUAAGGAAUGGGUGAUGAGGAUGCAGCCCUCUGGAGGAUGCAAUCUUCUUAAAGCUAUCAAACAUGUCAUCAAAGUUCAGGAUAUCGACUCUGUCAUGAUCAUCUUGGGUAGUGUGCCAGAUCAGACAUCUGAGAUUUUGUGUGACUUUGUGCAUCAGAUGGGAAUAGGACAAGGAAUUCCUCUUCAGACUGUAGCAUAUGACUGCAGUAACCAUUUGACAAAUAUAACAUUGCGAAACCUGUCAGAGGUAUCCCACGGAAGCUACCACUGUUACACAGCCAACUGUGAGGACCAGAUCUACACAGGUACGGACAUCAGUAUCAUACUGAAGGAAAUCCAAACGGCACAGGAAGUUAUCAAUAAAAUCAAGGAAAUGAGAGAUGGAAUGAUGGGAAGUGCCUUGGUUAGCAUCAUGAAUGAGAUAUCAACAGAAGUAGACAAGCUUCCUCAGUCUCGGUUUCUUCCUCGACCUCCAGGCCAUGAUCUUCCCCUGAAAUUAGAGGUACCAAAGUUCCAGGCUAGAUCAUCUAUUGAAUGGAUAAAACAACAUGGAUUGAAAGCCCGGCGGUUAGAUCUCUACCAGAUACUUGCUCCUAAUGCUUACUCCUACAAAGAGGAAUUUAUUCCUGUGAUCAAGAAGGCAGUGCAGUCUCAAGUUCAUGAGAAAGCCAUGGUUCAGUUCCAGUGGCAUGAUGGGUCAGUGAAGAACAUCCAUGUUGAUAUGUCCCUGUUGUUUGAGUAUCAAAAGCAGCUGUACAGCACGGUACGACUGUAUGAGAAGAGAAUCGAGUGGCUGGCCAGUGGAAGUCGCAGGAUAUUUGGAACUAUUGUGGAAAAAAAUGUUGUGAUCAUGAUUGACUUGUCCAUUUCCAAUGUGAACUACCUAGUGCACAUUCAGCAUUCAAUCCGACUUCUGAUGGAACAACAGCUAGCCAACAAAGAAUACUUUAACAUGAUUGCGUUUGGAAGCAAAGCAGUUGCAUUUAAACCAACCAUGGUGAAACCGACAUUAGCUAAUUUGCAAGAAGCAUGGAACUGGGUCCUGGAUCUUCAGUGUGGAGGAAGCAGGAACUUUUUAUCUGCAUUCAAACUGGCUGUGGAAAAUGAAGAGGAAAUCAUGCACAAAAUCUUUGCGGAGGGAAUGUACCUGUUUACCAGUGGGGUCCCUGAUCAGACCCAGGACAUCUGCUGCUCCUACAUAGAACAGUCCACAUCUGGACGAGGCAUCCACCUCCACUCUAUUCUGUUCAAUGUUGAUGACUACGAUGCAGAAGGAGCCAUUCCCGGGCGCUAUGCCAACAUUACCAGGACAGCUGAAUGUCUCAGAAACAUGGCACACUGUAGUAAAGGCAGAUUCCACUGGUUCAGAGAAACUGGUAUCAUCGAGAGUGAUGAUAUUCAACAUAUCACAACUGAAAUUGACAAGGCUAUGAACUUCUCUAAGAAAGUUCAGCUGUUGGUGGAAUCUGUAAAGAAAAAAUACAGAAAUAGAUAUCAACAAGACUUUAUGGAUGAGAUGUCUGCCCUCCCUGCCCCUCCUAGACUUAGACAGAAAGCUUUACCGUCAGCAAUGUCCUCCCCUCCCGCCUCAUACAGACAGCAAAGGACUGAGGUUAGAGAGGAAAGAAUCAAAAUUUUAUCAAAACGUCCAACAAGUGCCUCUUACACACGUGAGAAUAAAAUGUCAGGUCGGGAUAGACCCAGCACAGCAAAAGACCCCAUGUCAAGAGUGAAAUCCUCUAAACGAUUUGCCAGCACCAGUUUCUUCCUGGAUAGCAAACAAAAAAUGGGAGAUGGGACAGGAAGUGUUAUCAAGAGGUACCCCGAUCAAAAGUCUGUCAGAAAAGCUGUAGGACAGCCACAUAUACCAGACAUAGAGGACAUUGUCUCCACAAAAGAGUGGAUGAGGUUGUAUAGUUUGUCUAAGCUGAAGUUGGAUUUAGAUAAACUGGUGUCCGGCCCCGACUGUAAACACAAUGAAGGCAGUGUCAAGUCCCUCCACAAACAUGUUUCAGCCAAAUACUGUGAUAUUUUCCCAAGCAUAAAUGUGAAAGGAACUAUCAAACACCUACAACUCCUUCCUCAUGAACUAAAGGAAUAUGAAGCGCAAGUGGAGAUAGUGCUAAAGAGAUACCUUAAACGUCUGCAGUGGCUGCUUAGUGGCAGUAGAAGAGUAUUUGGUACCAUCCUUCACAAAAAAGUAGUCAUCCUGGUGGAUACCUCUGGAUCUAUGGAACAGUAUAUGAAUGAGCUAAAGAAAGAGUUAGCUGCCCUGAUUUGGGAUCAACUAUACAGACUGGGUGCUAGGUUUAACUUGAUCCGAUUCUCUGGUGAUUGUGAGAAGUGGAAGAAAAGACUGGAGCCUGCCACUCAGGAAAACUGUCACAGUGCUGUGUCAUGGUCCUCCAGAUUCACAGCCUCGGGUAACACAUGUACAUUGGAGGUGCUCAGGAUGGCUUUUGAUGACCCUGACGUCACAGCUAUAUACAUGCUAACAGAUGGAAAACCAGACACUAGUACUUCAAUGGUUCUAAAAGAAGUCUCAGAGAUGAAUGCAGAAAGAAGGGUGCCUAUCAACACAAUUUCCUUCAACUGCUCGGAUAGCACUGCCAACAAUUUUCUUCAUCUGUUAGCCCAAGAGACGGGGGGCAGAUACCAUCGCUGCCAGACAGAUUUCGACGCACAACUUUUCGCACACAAACUGUUGACAGAAGGUUUUGAUGACACAGAGUAUCCUCAUCUCCCAGAGUUUGAUGGAGAUGAUCUACGCAGACUGGGCUCAGAAAUCAACACUGCCCGCAAAUACCUCUCACAGUCCAAACAGUACAGAUCUUUGUAUCAGUCCAAGGUAUCACAAAGUGAGAAACCUGCCAGUAACAAAGGAAACGUGACUCCAUUUGUUGUUGGUAAACCAAAGACAGCUGUGCAAUAGAAGAGACAAAUGUGUUAUGGAGUAAAAAUAGAGUUUUGGCAUUAGUGGACAAUAAUUCUAAAUGAGUAUACCAGUGCUUUCCAGGACAAAGUUGUUAUUGUGCAUUUACAUAUUAAGAUUAGAUGGACUGUAUGAGAAUGUGAUUUAGAGUGGAUGUGAUAAAAAUGCUUCAAUCAAUUAAGAGAGUAUAAUGCAUCUUCUUGGGGUAAAAGUUUAUUGUAAUCUUCUGAUUGUUGAUCUUUUUUAUGAUUUUUAAUGAAUAGAUGAGUAGCCUUUUAAAAAAGCAUUGUAUUUGGACUAAUGAAAUAACAGAUGUAUUUUCAAUUUCUACUUUUGAUAGAAAUGAACUUUUUAAAAUAAAUUUUCUGUGCAAGAAAUCAUUGCUUUUAUAUUUUCUAAAAGUCAAAGUUCUUGUGCCAUUCUGACAAGUUUUAAAUAGUCAUUCUUAUUUAUAUACCGAAUCUUCUGUUAUAUUUCACAUAUUACAUAUACAGUACCAGAUGUCUGUGAUAUUUUUCUAUUCAAUGUUAUAUGGAGAAAACAAAUUAGUUGAUAUUUUUUAGUUCUAGUUCAUGUGUAUAGAUUUUUGCCACAUUGUUUUUUUGUUUUUUUUUACAGGGUUAUUUUUUUUUCAUCUUUCAUUACUUUGUCGCAUGUUUUAGCAUUAAAUUUACAAUUGGGGAAGUAUACAUCAUAUACAUGUAUUUAAUAAAGAGAUAGAUGAUA